GUCCAGAGAAAGAUAGGAAAAAUUAAAUAAAGGUUCCUACAUUGUAAGAAUCAUCUAAAUCUUACAACGCUGGGGCUAUUAUCUUCUCACUACGAUUUUGGUGGCAUGGCGCCGCAAUUGCUCUUUGGGGAUAUACAAACGGUCUAUCCCCAAGGAGUUACAGCCCGAGGGGGAAUCUCAGCCUGCAGCGGUCUCCCCAGAGCCCCCGGCCGAGUUAAGCAGGUCAGUGCCAUCGCAGAUCUAUGGCGUUCGCAACGAGGCGGGCUACUGGGUCAAGGCCGAUCCCGGCAACCCGAACGGCCUCCGCUUGAAGGAGGAACUCCUGACCGCCAAUGUGACUACGCUGCCAGCCAUCGUGGAGCACGUCGCUAAAAAACUAUGCAACAAACCGUGCUUAGGUACACGGCAGCUCCUGGCACGAAAGCGCUUCGUGGUUGAUGGCAAGGAAAUGGAAAAACUACACCUUGGAGAGUACUCGUUCCUCACAUAUCGUGAGGUCCAAGACAUGGUGGUUAGUUUCAGCCAGGGCCUCGCCAAGAUUGGCACGGGAAAUAGCGGCAGAGUCGCUAUAUUCGCUGAAACGUGUGCUGAGUGGUUCACGGCGGUCAUGGGUUGCCUGCGCCAAGGGCUGACAGUCGUGACUGUAUUCCCUAACCUUUCAGUCGAAGAGAUCGUGGCAUCGCUUUGUGAGACUGAAGUUAGUGUGAUCAUGACGUCGCAUGACCUUCUCAGUCGCACGGCGGAGGUUGUCCGUAAGUGUCCUGCGAUCACAAACGUCAUCGUGUUCGAAGAUCAGCUGGAAGGUGUGGGUACGGUGCCUGAAGGUCUCAUGGAAGUGGUGAUCCCCUACAAGGACGUGGUAGAGACCGGGAAGUACCUGAACACCUCCUUGCGCCAGCCGACUGGCAGCGAUGUGGCCAUCAUCAUGUACACAAGUGGUUCAAUAGACCGUCCGAAGGGCACAGAGCUAACACACGAUAAUAUAGUUAGUUCGAUCAUCUCGUUCGCAAUUCAGGCAGAUCUCCGCUCCGGCGAUCGCUUCCUGGCCUUCCUUCCCCUUGCCCACGUGAUGGAAUUCACCACAGAGAUUGCUCUUGUGAGCCUGGGCAUCGUGGUCAUGUACGGGUCACCGAUGACUUUGACCAGUAGCUGCCCUAAAAUUAUGGAGGGUACGCUGAGCGACGCACAGGUGGCUAAGCCCACGUGCAUAAAUGCGGCGCCGCUCAUCCUCGACAGAAUCGUCACUCAGGCUAUGGAGAAAUGCUUUCUCAAUAACCAAAUUUCUGAGAAAGCUUUGACAUGCGAUGUUCAGGGAAGUUAGAUAGCCGCUGCCGAGUUGGGAGGUAAUGUGCGCAUAAUAUUGGUGGGAGGAGCUCCUCUCUCAGAGGAGACUCAAACUAGGGUGCGAAACUGGUUAAGGUGCACAAUAGUGGUGGGCUAUGGCGCCACCGAAACGACCGCGUGCCUCACCAGUACUGUCCCCUGCGACCUGCGCACUGGGCAUUGUGGUGCGCCCUGCCACGGUGUCCUUGUGACCCUUGCUGACUGGGAUGAA